AAAACGUCGAAGGAUAAACCCGUCUAGAAUGCAUAAUGGAUCUAUAUGAUAUCAACAACUUAACAUUUCGGUCAACUUCAGCGACUGACUGUUGAUAGAGGAUUGUUUCCAAUGCCGAUGAAGCCAAUAGUACAUAUGAACAACUCUCUCUUCUCAAGACUGAAUAUGACAACCAAAGAUUAGGCCUUUAGUCUGUGCAAACAGCUCAACAUAUACGUUUUCUAUAACUUGCAUUCGUGGAAAUGAACAAGACACCACCACCACGCAUGCAGAACAUUGAGUUAUUCGAAAUGGGAAGAGCCCAAACAAACAACGACAAAGGAACUGAAGAAGCGCCUGAACAAUCUUGUAAAGCUUGCUGAGACCCUUUUGUUGACCUCAAGUGGCGUCUCCUCUGUGUAGGCACUGACCACCAGUGACCAGUGGCCAUGUAUAAUGGUGAGAUUUUUUUUUUGUAUUAUAGUUCACUAUACGCUAUUUAUCAAGGUAUAUGGUGUAGGUAUAAAUUUCGAUGUGUAUAGAGCGGAUUAAUAAAUAUAGUGUUUAAAUACACCAAGGCCCAUGGAGAAUAUGACCUAUAAAUCCUUUUCUCUCUGACUUAAGGACGUUGAGCGAGCUGAACUUUUAGUUUUGGAUUGAUUUUGUACACUUAAUACCAACACCAUAGCCAGAUCUGGACCACACUGAUCAUUGAUCUAUAUACCAUGGAUGACAUUAUACACCAAAGUGGACGAAUUUUGAGUUCUAAAUGGAAGUUUUCUUGUAGGCCUGUUUAAUUGGUAUUCAAAUUAGACGAGGAGUAGGCAUAUAUAGGCACAUGUUUAUUUUUUUAUUUAUACCGAAACGUUUGAACAGCUCUGAGAAUACUUAAAAUUCAUAAUAGAGUGUGAAUAUGCCUGCAUGAUUCAUCUAUAAGCGAGGACAAAAGAAGUAUACAAGUAUUGUGAAGUCGUGAAAACCCCAUUACUUUGACAGAGGACUGAUCAGUUAUUACAACGGGACAAUUAAGGGUGACCAACCGCGAAGAAACACCGCAUUGUGGAAAAGUUUGAUGCAGAAUAUAAGGGUGAAUGUAUGUACUAGAAUUCACCUUUUUAAAACGUCAACCUACCAUGCCUACCCGUCAUGUACGUCUUCAUUGAACUAAGGGUUCAAUAUCGACCCAAACCUAUGCUCUUUCAUCGAUCGAUAUGACAGGUAUACUUCACCAAGUUUAACUAUAUGUAUACGCUGUCCAGUUUCGGACUUCAGGAUGUUCAUGACGUUUAAUAUGAUAAUGCCAAAUGUGGCUUAUCUUGUAUGAGGAUGAGACUUUCAUUGCCGCAACUAAUCUGAGCUCUGUAUUCUACGUAGAAUAGAAAUCAGUGGGUAAUUCACACAUCGAUAUCCGGUUGUACACAAUAACGGUAAUCAGAGGACAGUUUCAGCAGGAGAUGAACAAGGGGAAGUGGCGUGAUUCACCGAUCUGAAAUUUUCCUCCGAGCAACUCGUCAAUAAUUUGAGUUGCCAGAUUUCGUCGUCAAAAACCGCCACAGCGUCAUUGAGGUGCAUGUCUCGGCAUAUAGGAUUCCCGAACUCUCCACCUCAUAAAAGGUUAACGGAUUUAUAAGAGGAUUCAAUUGAUUACUUGGAUGACAUAUUAAUUCAUUAACGCCCAGCCCUGUCCUAGAAGCGAGAAGGCCUGGGUGAACAUCAGCAAACUAAAUAUAUCGUCAGACGGAAGGUAGGAUUAUGUAACUUGGAAAUAGUUGUUGGGUCAGUGGAUUCCAUUAAUGACCAGCUACCAAACCACUUUGACGCCGUCGAUAUGGAAUCGAAUAUAGCCUAAUGAGAUUGAGGGAUGAAAAGGGAAAGUUCAACCACUGCUAAUUGUACAUAUUCCAAGUCUGUGCGACUGUAGAGCUAAUAAUGUUUGUGGAAGUUCUUAGAACGUGGAAGGAUUCUGAAAUGGAAGUAAUCGUGGAUGAUUUAUCACUUGUACAGUUACCGGUAUCGUAUUGACGAGGAAGUACAGACAAAGUAUUAGAAAAACCGAAUUUAAGUGGAACAUUUGGGGAGGAAGUGCCCAAGCCCUCAUGUCUUCGGAACAUCAAAGAUGAGUGAUAUAGGCUAACAACUCAGUUAGAGCGACAUCGUCUUUGAAAAAGACAUCAUCAUGGAGACCUUCACAGAAAUGUCAUCAAUAUUUGAGAAUUGCACCAGUAACUGCACCGAUGACCAUUACGAUCUCUAUCCACACUCGUACAUCAUCGCGACUAUCUAUCUCUUCACAUCCACCCUCGGUAUCCUCGGGAAUAGUCUCGUCAUCAUCGGUGUGAUCGUCACACCUAAACUCCAGACUCCUACCAACGUGUUGAUUGUGAACCUGGCCAUCGCUGACCUCCUGACAUGCAUGAUACUUCCGUUUCAGGUGUAUGGUAUCCUCCAUGAGGCAAUUGGAGCGAAAUUUCCUCGUGUCUGUAGCUUCAUAGGGAGUGUGAUCUAUGUGACGUUCACCUGUAGCGCAGUCACCCUUGUACUGAUAGCGAUAAAUCGAUGUUAUGUCAUUACCAAGAACGUUCACACGACAACGGGUCUCAACACACACAAGAAACAACUAUUCCUGGCUGUUCUAUCAUGGAUUCUAGCCUGUUUAUACAACUUCAUCCCAAUUUAUGGUUUCCAUUUGACAGAGUUUUCCUACUAUCCUCCCUAUAAACAAUGCUUCACAAGUCCGACGGACACGAGCGAUAUUUAUCACAACUUCUUGGCCAUUCUAAUCGGGUGCCAUAUUGUCAUCAUGCUUGGUUGUUACAUAAGAAUUCUGGUACAUGUCCGGCAACAGCGAAAACUCUUUCAUAUCUUCUUCGGCAGCAGUCGCAGCCAGCAACUUGAGCACCGGCAUCACAUCAAGCGUCUUAGCCAACGAGAGGUAAAGGUCACCAAGAACCUCUUCAGCAUCGUAGUCGCAUUCAUCUGCUGUACCAUCCCAACUGCAGUGGCCUUUGUGACUCCUGGAGUGCUGCUAUCAGGGUUAUACACCACCGCUGUCCUUUACUUUAACAAUUGUAUCAAUCCUGUCUUCUACGCCUUCAGACAUCCUGUCUUUAAGAAGUUCUUCGAGAGGCUGUUCAUGCGCGUCCUCAAGAACUUCCAUUGUCCAAAGAAGCUGAUUCCUGCAGGAGAUAGUGGUUACCUUGCUAAAACCCAGGAAAAGAGCGUUACGAUGGCGUGUUUAUACGCUGUAAAUGUCAGUCAGAUAGUCGCUCUUCAAGGUGUAUCGGACUCGAUAGAGAUGCUAAAUAUGUUAUAGUUUAAGGUCUAAUGACUUAGGAUACUCUAGGCGACGAAACCAACUGACAUUGACUUUUAACCGUUAAGUAUAUUAAGAUGUGGUAUAGUGAUGUGUGCUUGCCAAGUAUAAUUAAAUCGGUAUAACUUAUUACGACUCGUUAAUCAACUCAUUCAAUCAUAUAGACAUGAUAAAGUGUAUAAUCGAUGUCGAUUAUCUAAUUCUGUUUCUGUUUAUGGUAACUCCAUAGGAACUCGACAGCUCGGGGCGGGGGGGGGGGGAAUGCUACUUAGGAUAAAAGUAUGAUACCUUUGUGCGAAUUGUGCCGCGGUCGAGACCCACAUUCUCAGCCUAAAUUUCCAUUCCAGAGCAUCACCAAUUAAGAAAGCCAUAGAAAUUCCUAGUUUUUCCCGUUCCAGAGACCCUCAAAUUUGUGUUUCUCGUACUCGUUCCAGUGCGCUACCAUAGCCGCUACCAUGCUGCGAUAUGAGUUCCAGAGAGCCCCCCAAUUUUUUACGUGGUCAGUUCCAGAGCAUUGUAUGUAUUUCAAUCAUUGAUCCAUGAGUCGUUCCGGAGACCCCCAUUUUAAAACCAAGAUUUAGUUCCAGAGCCAACUAUUUUCGACUUUUCUGUGGCACAUAGGUAUCAUGUUAUAAUUUGAGUAAUUCGAGGGGGCUCGACAGGACGGCGUUUUGCUGGUAAACGCCAAUCUGGUAUAUCAAUUACCUAGGAAACAUUUUACGUCUAAGUUAAUCAGUCAUAUAGCGGCUGACCUUAUAGACGACAGAUAUUACUCUCAGGUCUUUUUAUCACAGUGGAGACAAUGGCAGAGUUGGGAUUCGAACUCACAACCUUAUGAGUCCAAUGCUCUAACCACUAGACCACACGACCUGGAGUGCUGCUAUCAUAUUUUUUUUUAUUCCAUUCCCUGCUCAAUGAUCUAUGGAUCCUGUGACGUAAUGAGCCAAGGCUCUGAGGGGUACAACAUGGCGUUAUGGGGGAAACGUCGGGAGUGAGCGAAAAUUUCGGGUUUUUCCAAUGAAAAUCAAAUUUGUCAGAUAUGCAUGCAUGGGCGUCGGCGCGGAGGUUUAUCCUUUGUUCCUGAGGGGACAUCUAUUGUUGCGCCCCCAAACACAAAAUAUAAUCCUCUGCUGUGACGCCAAAGUAGAUACAAAAAUGUCAUAUUACACCCUUGUCCUUACAUUUCCUUUCGUUUCUCCUUCUUUAUCCUUCCCCCUAAAGCCCCCCUCCCCCACUCCUCUACGCCAAUAUGGGUCCCAGUCCAACCUAAAUUAUGAUCAUUCAGAUUCCAAACGAACGCAAAUGACCCCGAUUUGAUUUUGAUACUGAUUUAUCAACCGAAGGUCAUUUUCAGAACUCGUAUCAAUAUUGCUCCAAGAUUAUGUUUCCAUAUGAUAGACGACACUGAAUUUUUCUAAAUCGAUCGUGAUAUUAAAAAAUAUAUCAUAAACACCGCCUUGCUAUACCAAUAAAUAAAUAAAACACCUUAUUUUUUACUCAUCGAUUUUGCUUAAAACAACUCCCGAAUGCGGAAAUUACGAUUCUGCAAUUUAUGCAGCUCCAUUUUAUGAAAUUCGAAUUAUGUUUGAAGAAAUAUGAUUUCAAUUUCCGAUUUCAUAUUCACUCCCAUUAUUAAUCGAAUAUCCCAUACCUACAUGACCUAGAUCUGUUUAUAACGUGAUUCAAAUUUGUGGACGUUUCUUUCUCAACGUCCAGAGAUUUAGUUUAACAUGUUCAUAAUGAGUAAUCUCCGGUACAUGAGAUCCAGUAUUCCUAUAUUAAGAAGUGUUGCCCUGUUUAAUUUUCAUGUUUUAAGAACAAAGAAUUUGAAUAUAUAAGCAAAUAUAAUCGUACGAGAAUAUACAUCGCGACUUUACGAUUUUCUGAGGUCUUGGUCUGGUCGCUAUAUUUUAUUUAUUUAUUUCCACAUUCCAAUAACAAAAGUAUAUACAAGUGUAAUCAUUUUUCCCAGGAUAACACAACAAUAAACAAAUGACAUAAUGAAUAACAUAUGCAUACAUACAUAAUUGAAAUAUAAUUAUACCUGAUAAGUAUUAAAACAUAUAGCAGAAAAAUAUAUAUCUAUACACAAAUCGACAAAAUACAUUUUGAAAAGUGGGAGACCUCCAUCUUAAGCUUGAAAUUGAUGGAGGCAUCGAUAUAUAUUUUCAACUGUGUAAAAUGCGUCCACACCAUACGCUGACAACAUAAUGUAACACAGUGUGAUACAGAAUGAUAAGUGUGACAAACAACUAUGUUUGAUAAACCAAAUGGUGUAGGCUAUUCGUAUUGCGUUUCGUCAAUGUAAAAGUUGUAGCUCCCGAAGACGACAAGAAUACACUCAUCAAAUGCCAAAGUUUGGGACUGUGGUCCUUUUCAGGACCAACAUUAUGCCCACAAUAGAAUACAAUGUGUACCGUGAAACCCGCCACACUCUUCGUGUAGUCGAUCGUUACAUACUGUGACACUUCAUCAAACCAAAACCGAGAACCAUGAGCCAUUUUUUUUUCUAAACAUUUAACUAAUAACUCUCUUACUGUGCAAUACAAGAUAAAGUGUAGAACUUUGCUUCUCUGAUGUGUUACUGUACUUAUGUUUUGUGCUGUGACUACACGAGUAUGUUUACAUGUUGAAUCAGUUGCUGUUACUUGCGCCAUGAUUGCAUGGUGGCGACGGUGUAUAUACUUUACCGUGCGUUUCACGAUUUAUUGCUUGAGGGUUUUCUUUUUAAUGUUUACAUUUUUAUGUGUGUCAUUUUUUUCCAUCGUGUUGUUCACAUGGUGAUCACAUUGUGAUGAAAACUGUGUACCUUAACAAGAAUAUUCUACCAGACUGUAAUGUACAAACCAGCGUGUAUAAACACUGGACAUAUCUGGAAUUAGGCGCGCUGACGAUGAUUAUACGAAAUUAAUGAUCGUCAGUUGUAUUUGAUUAAAUCUGUGCUCUCCAUCAUAAUGUGAUUAAAUUAUGAUAUAUUUUCCCCCCUUAAAGGAAAGUAUGAACACAUCCUAUAGGCCUCUACACAGUAAAAACCAGAAAUAAACUACAUGAAUAUAUUUUACACGAUAUUAUUCAUGUUGUUUACUAUUAUUUGAACUUAUGAACUCUUUGAUAUUCAAAGAGAGUCCAAACAUAUGUUGUGUUUUUAAUCUAAACAACAAUCUUCAACCAUCAACUUGAUUAACUUAAGGAUUAUAUUAUAGAAAUUUAACAUUGCUGUUUGAAUUUUAAUCAUUGUAUUUGAAUUUUUAAACAAUACCUGAGGCCCGUAACACAAAGCUUAGCAAUCAUCGUAGAUCAUUUUUUUAACGAUUAAUUCCAUUGACUACAAUGUACAAUUAAUCGUAAAAAUCAAGCGUACAAUUAAUCGCUAACCUUUGUGAUACGGAACUCAGAUCACUUCAAAGAGUUUGUAUAAAGUAUUUUACUCUUCAUAGAUGUGCUUACACCAACAUUGUUUACAAAGUGUAUGGUGUACGUGAAAUAAUUUGUAUAAAAGAAUAAAUAUGAAUUUAUUCUGAAUCAA